AGUGCGCCUGCGCGGCUCCGGGAGUUGCUUGGAGCCAUCGCGCCUGCGCUGCUGCUUCUUGCCCAAACGCCGGGGGGGGGAGGUGAGGGGCGGAAACGAUGGCGUAUGUUCCGCCCCCUCAUGGCGCUGUUACCUAGCAACAGGUUUCCUAGUAACUGCGGAGAUAACUGCGUGCCGGCCCGCGCCUGCCGCGGCAGCCUGAGGGGGCGGCUGGGCGGCGGACCGAGGGGCUCGGCGGCGGGAGGGAGCCGUUCACUGAAGUGGGCCGAGGGCGAGGAGGGGCGGGGGGAGCAAGCUGCGACAAGCGAGGAAACGCGAGGUCCCCUCAGCGAGGUGGGCCCGUCCCCGUGUCCAGGGCCCCUCGGGGAGGUGGGCGCUUCCCCGUGUCCAAGGCCCCUCGGCCGGAGGAUGACGGCGCGGUGUGCCCAGGAGAGCAUCUAUAACCUCCUGCCCCGCCUGGAGGAGAAGCCUGUCAAACCUCCCAGGUAUAUAUCCACAUUUAGACCAUCCGUGAAACGUGAAGUAGAGAAAAAUAAAGCUCAGUGGAAAACUAUGGGACCAGCAAAAGUUGCAGUGCCAUCUCCGAAAAGCUUCCUGCAGAAACAUUCAAAGGAACCCAAGCUACCAGCAAGAAAAAAAGAACAGGAUAGUAAGAAAUUGCCUGCGUUAUCAGUGCCACGGAGGACAGAUCACCCAGUUAUGGGAAUUCAGACUAAAAAGAAUUUUAUAAAUACAAAUGCAGUUGCUGCUAUCACGGGAUUGCCUAAAAAGCCUCAACCUAUUUAUGUUGAUAGAAGACAGGGAGAUAAAUAUCUCCUUGAAACUUCAGGACUUGUUCCAAAAUAUAUUAAAAAAAAGGAUUAUGGUGUUACACCAAAAUACGUAACACGGAGAAAUGAAGAAAUGAAGAGAGCUCAGAAAGAACAUGAGGCCAGUAUCUUGGAGCAUCUCAAGGAAAGAGCCAUGAAACGGCUAUCUGAUGAAGAAAGAAGAAGUCUCCUGCAGGGACUGAAAAAGAACUGGGAGGAAGUGUAUCGUGAAUUUCAGGGUCUUUCGGUAGAACUAGACACCAUACCCAAGAAGAUGUAUAAAGAAAAGCUGGAAUUGCAGAUGAAACAACUGGAGCAUGACAUAGAAGUAAUUGAGAAGCACAAAGUUAUCUACAUUGCAAAUGAGUAAGGACUGUUUUUCAGACCUUUCCUUUUUUCUCUUUCUCUAUCCCUACAUCUCCAAGAACCGCCCCCCUAAAUUCUCAAAAGCAAUUGACACCGCCAACUAUUCAGAAGGAAAUAUUCAACUAAUAGAAGUAUGUAGCUUCUUAGAAAAGUUUUACAUAUGGUUCUCAACUGUGUAAUUCCCAAACCUUUUAAAAUAAAAUUCUUGAUUAAACUUUGAUUAUAAAAAUGUGAAUUUAAUCUAUUAUUCUUUGUAAUUUUUAUUAACUACUAAGAUUUCUAUAAACAUCAUACAAAAAGCAUAAAAAAUAUUGUUUCAUAUGUUUGGAGCACUUCUUUCCUUGCAUAGUCAAAACAAAGUGAAAUAAUUGGCUGCUGAAGACAACUGGGUAAAUAUAACUUCAGGGUGGGAUGGCUUCUGGACUAGUUAUUAAGGAGCUGUUGUGCUUUACUUAAAAGCUUCAGUGUUUGUAUUUCUAAACAGCUUGGCUUCUGCAUAACAUUUUGUGCACUCAUUUUUUGUUACCAAAACCAAUUUUUAUAGUGGAAGCCCAUAAUAAUAUAGACUUCACGCAAUACAGAUACCACAUGUAGCUUGCUCUGUGUGUUUAUGUAUAAAUAAUUCUGUAGUACUAUAGUAAAUCUAUAACUAAAGUAGAAAAAUGUAUUUUGAUUGCUAUUAUGUGUGUAAUGUUAGAAUGAAAGCAAUAUACUCCUAGCAUGUGAGUCAAGACCCAGGCAGAAAUUACAUCAGUACACUAUACUGCAAUUAUUUGCAUAAAAAUAAAAAUUCUUUUUCUUGCCUACUACUUAACCUUUACUUCAGAACACUGCUUUUUCUGUAUGGUAUCAAUCAUUACUGCCAGCAGCUGUUGUGACAUCAUAGUGUCUGACAUCAGCAGAGGAUGAAGUAAAAAAUUUCAGAGGAACUAGUAACAGCCAAAUUUUCGUGUAUAUUAAGUUCCUUUCAUAAAUUUGUUAGGGGAUGGCUUUGAAGACUUCAUGGUGAUGCUAGGCUAUAUUUCUUGUGCAUCUUAAACUUGUCUAUGACAUGCACUAAGAACACGUGGGUGAGCAGGAAUGUGUGCUUUGUUCUUUGUAACUUAGUGUUAAGCAAUCAUGUUUAUUUUUGAAAGAUAUAAGCUGGAAGAAAGCUGUGGUUUUGUAAAAUAUGA